AUCAACCAACAUAGAAAGUCGAGCACAUACCUUUCACAAGUCCUACCACCACAGUCGCUACCGAACUUUGCUCGUGUUCUAUCCACACCCCCCGCAUAAUAAUCGCCGACCCGCGCCCGUAGAUAAGGACUACGAUCAUCACACACAAUCACCCAACAUGGAUGCACUUCCUGAUGCCUCGCAAUCCACCUCAUACAGAUGCUCGACGCCUAGCACGCCCGACACACCCGUCUCGCCCGCAUCUUCGACCACAAGUUCGUACUUUAGUUCGUCCUCGUCCGGUGAGCCGCAGGUCCCGUUUCAAAUCAUCGUUACGUUCGACGGCAAGGUGCGCGAGAUGCUGCGGAUAGAGCGGGACGAGAACUCGCCUAUCCAGGCACCCAGACCACGAAAAGCACCUAGGCCGAGAUACUAUGCAAGGAACACAGAGUAGAGAUAGAGUGGCGGUAGGGAUCAGUCAGCGAGGGCGGAACGGUUUGGAUGGGGCGAAAAAGAAAAAAGGCGUUCGAUGAUUGGAAUGGAUUCACUAUGGCGUUAUGAAAAGGAAAGGAAUUUGUCGCUUGCAGUGGCUAUAAAGGAUAGUUGGAGCCAACAGGCCUGAAACACGUUAGCAGUCGUCAAGAAGAAUGUGGGGUAGGCUUUUGUUCGAGAUUUAUAAUAAUUGAAGAUUAUUUUGCUUGGAAGUUAUAAGCACUGCAU